AUGUGCAUAGGGCCAUUUAUGUACACCCUGACAGGAGCCCUUAUAGAAAAUGCAGUUUCUGCAGAGAAGUCGCCCCUGCAGAGAGCCAAGGAAAGCCUAUCCUCGGGCGAGAAAAGGCUGAUCAUAAAGGCCUUCCACAUAAUGUCCACAAAAAGCAUUUCGUACAAGGAAAAGGCCCAGCUGUUCCCGCAGGUUCUCAGCCUGAUCGGGCACGACGCCAUUGAGGUGAAGUGUCUUGCAUACUCUUUUGUUCUGCGCUCCCUGCGGAGCGACUCGAGCCUCCUCAUCCUGGCCGUCAACACAGUCAAGCAGGAAAUAAGCGGAGACCUCGAGUACAGAACACCCCUGCACGCGCUGAAAACAUCCCUGGCGUUUGACUUUAUAUCCAAGGUGAAGGACCCGGAGUUCCUGAACCACUUCUCGUACGAAAUUGAAAAAAGCUUCUGCUCGAGCUCCGACAUCAUCAGAAAGUCCGCCCUCCUGGCAGCGCCUGCUCUGUUUGCCGCGUUCCGGGAGACAAAGACAUGCGCAAUCCGGCAGGCCCUCGACGAGAAGAGUCCGGUCGUUCUUGGCGCUGCCAUUUCUGCGCUUGUCUCCAUAGAGAGGCAGGCUGCAGGAACCUUUUCCGAGAGCGACCUGGUGCACUGCUUUAGAGUUCUCUGCAAAAACAGGCAGGGCAUUGAAGAGACGCACGGAAACUUCCCCCUUCUCUUUUCGCGCCUGUGCAGGCUGUUGCAGGCCUCUGUCAACUGCAGCCUUCUGGAGACGGCAGCGCUCGUGCUGGAGUUUCUCCCCCUCUGCGCGCUCAAGGAGCUGGCGAGCAUGCGCAAGGAGCUGCUCGCGCUUCCGGUCGUGGAGAAGAUCGCAAACAGCAUGAGCAGCUACAUUGGGACGCGCAGCAAGACCGAAGCUCUCGAGUGCAUUUUGUUUCUUUUGCAGACACACGCAAUAAAGCUGGAAACAGACCCAUUUGUCGCAACAAGCGAAGACACGCCAAAGGAGAAGAUUCUGAAGAUGCACAUUCUGUUCCGCAUAAACAGCAGCGAGGGCCUCGAGGAGAUUGUCUCCAGCCUGCGAGACCGAGACUGCACAUACAAUGCUGCAUGCCUCCUGCUGGAAAUGGAUGCGCUGCGGGAGGAGGACGUCCGGGAGGGCUUCCGCUGCAGCGAGUCUAGCAUGCUGCGAGCGCUCUAUACCAAGCACCCGCUCCCAGAAAAACUUUCUCCCACGGUGCGGACUGCACUUGCAAACAUGUCAAAUGUCUCCGAGAAGGAGGCGUACCUCUUCCUGGCAGGAUACUACCUCAGCGAAGUCCCAGACGAGGCGAACCGCAUAAAGAGAAUCCGAAACGCAGCGCACGGCAUACUCUACGGAAAGAAGGAGGAGAGGGAGAAGCCGGAGGAGCACCUGGAGGAGUACCUGUACUUCCUCCUGAACAUGUAUGUUCGCGGAGUCCUGUCCAAGGAGAGCUGCAUCCAGCAGGCAGGAUCUGCCUUCUCGGACGAGCAGUUCAUGCUGAACAAGUUCAUGCACUUGGUCGACCUCCCAGACAAAAAGCACCUCGAGGACGUAAUAGCAUACAAAAGGGUUUUAUACAAAGUGGCCCGCAUUCCCUGA